AUGUCAAAAGCCGUUGGUAUUGAUUUAGGUACUACUUACUCGUGUGUGGCCCACUUUGCCAACGACCGAGUUGAAAUCAUUGCCAAUGACCAAGGUAACAGAACCACGCCAUCGUUUGUGGCCUUCACCGACACCGAGAGAUUGAUUGGAGAUGCCGCCAAGAAUCAAGCUGCCAUGAACCCAUCCAACACCGUUUUCGAUGCCAAGCGUUUGAUUGGUAGGAAAUUCGACGAUGCCGAUGUUCAGAAUGAUAUCAAGCAUUUUCCUUUCAAAGUUGUUGACAAGGGCGGCAAGCCAAAUAUCCAAGUUGAAUAUAAGGGCGAAACCAAGGUUUUCACCCCAGAGGAAAUCUCGUCUAUGAUCUUGGUCAAGAUGAAGGAGACUGCCGAGGGUUACUUGGGUACUAAAGUUACCGAUGCCGUUGUCACCGUGCCAGCUUACUUUAACGAUUCUCAAAGACAAGCCACCAAGGAUGCAGGUUUGAUCGCCGGUUUGAACGUGAUGAGAAUCAUCAAUGAGCCUACUGCUGCUGCCAUUGCUUAUGGUUUGGACAAAAAGUCCGAAUCUGAAAAGAAUGUCUUGAUCUUUGACCUUGGUGGUGGUACUUUUGAUGUUUCGUUGUUGUCCAUUGAAGAUGGUAUCUUUGAAGUCAAGGCUACUGCCGGUGACACGCACUUGGGUGGUGAAGAUUUCGACAAUAGAUUGGUCAACUUUUUCGUUGCCGAGUUCAAGAGAAAACACAAGAAGGAUAUCGCUUCCAACCAAAGAGCUUUGAGAAGAUUGAGAACCGCUUGUGAAAGAGCAAAGAGAACCUUGUCCUCAUCUGCUCAAACUUCAAUUGAAAUUGACUCCUUGUAUGAAGGUAUCGAUUUCUACACUUCCAUCACCAGAGCCAGAUUUGAAGAGUUGUGUGCCGAUUUGUUCAGAUCCACUUUGGACCCAGUUGAAAAAGUCUUGACCGACGCCAAGAUUGACAAGGCCCAAGUGCACGAGAUUGUCUUGGUUGGUGGUUCCACCAGAAUUCCUAAAGUUCAAAAAUUGGUUUCCGAUUUCUUCAACGGUAAGGAACCAAACAGAUCCAUUAACCCCGAUGAGGCUGUUGCCUAUGGUGCCGCUGUCCAAGCUGCCAUCUUGUCUGGUGACACUUCAUCAAAGACUCAAGACUUGUUGUUGUUGGAUGUUGCUCCAUUGUCAUUGGGUAUUGAGACCGCUGGUGGUAUCAUGACCAAAUUGAUUCCAAGAAACUCAACCAUCCCAACCAAGAAAUCGGAAACUUUCUCGACUUAUGCUGACAACCAGCCAGGUGUUUUGAUCCAAGUCUUUGAAGGUGAAAGAGCUCAAACUAAGGACAACAACUUGUUGGGUAAGUUUGAAUUGUCGGGUAUCCCACCAGCACCAAGAGGUGUGCCCCAAAUCGAAGUCACUUUUGACAUUGACGCCAAUGGUAUCUUGAAUGUCUCUGCCUUGGAAAAAGGUACUGGUAAGACUCAAAAGAUUACCAUUACCAACGACAAGGGUAGAUUGUCCAAGGAGGAGAUUGAAAAGAUGGUUAGCGAUGCUGAGAAAUUCAAAGAAGAAGAUGAAAGGGAAGCAAACAGAGUUCAAGCCAAGAAUGGAUUGGAGACUUAUGCAUACUCGUUGAAGUCAACUUUGAGUGAAGAGACCUUCAAGUCCAAAUUGGACGCUAGUGAAAUUGAAGAAGUUGUCAAGGCUGCUGACGAAACCAUUUCUUGGUUGGAUGCAAACCAGACUGCUACUCAAGAAGAAUACGAUGACCACAAGAAGGAAUUAGAGAGCAAAGCCAACCCAAUCAUGACCAAGGCUUACCAAGCUGGCGCUGUUCCUGAAGGUGCUGCUGGUGCUGGAGGUGCUGGAGGAUUCCCAGGUGGUGCUCCACCUGCUCCAGAAGCCUCUGGUCCAACUGUUGAAGAAGUUGAUUAA